AUGGCAACGAUCGACGCCGUCUUCUUCCGGACCACGUGCGCCAAGCCCGACGUCUUCAACAGAGCCUACGUCCGGUGCCACCAGAACCAAGGCCUCAAGGUCAUCCGCUGCUUUCCGCAUUGCGACCCAAGCUGCUGCCAGCACACGUACUACCGGGGCUGCGGCACGUCCGUGAGCGUUCGCGUUCUCUCGCCGCUUGAGGCCACGACCACCGUGGCGUACGCGCGUUUCCAGACGGCGAGCGCACCGAUGUUUGCUGCCGGCGACACUGUCCAGCGCGCCGAGUUGGAGGCUGAUCUGCGGUCCCGGGCCAACCUCACGGGCACGUGGCUCAGAGGCGCGCUAGAAAUCAUGGAUGACAACCAGCUGUGCUUUCACUUUAACGAGAAACGCAGCGAAGGCUGGCACUACGACUGGCACGGCGGCUCGAGCACCAAGAAGCGCUCCGAGCUGCACCACUUGGUCGUGUACCUAUUCCGCACCGAUGAGGCAGGUGUGCUCGUCGUGUUGCGUCCAAACGAAGACCAAUGGGCCGCGCUGGCCGUGCGCGGGCGGGCACAGGCGGCGCCGCCGCCGUUCGCCUCGACGCCGCUGCCCGUGGAGCUCGUCGUACUCCCGCAGUCGUCGACGCAAGAGUCAGCACUGCGUCUUCUUCGGCUCUUUACCUUUUGCGAUGCGAUCACGAUCGACGUCCUCGCGGACGGAUGGGAGGUCACGGAAGCCACGAUCGUGAGCCAGUUGCACGAGCGUAUCCACGGGCACCUGCGCGGGCCGUCGCCGCCGAUCGUGCCGCUGCAGGGCGUCCGAGCACCACUGCACCCGCCGCCACCGGCGCUCGUCACCGUCGCCUUGCACGUGAUUGCGUGGUGGUUCCACCCGUCGACGCUAUCGUGGGUCGAGGCCUUCUGUGCCCGGCACCACGCGGCCGUCGUCGACAACGUCGCGCUCCACGAGGUCUACAACAAGGCCGUCGACACCCUCGCGGUCACAAUUGACUCACUCCUGAGCAACUUGGAUGAGAGCUUGGCGAGCUUGGCCGAGCAGCUGCCGCCGGCGCCGUCGACCUCGAGUCACGCUGUCGGCUACACGACGCUCGUCAAGGUCAUGCGCGAGUCGUACAUGGCGCAAGGGUUCCAGGCGCCGCAACUCACGUCGCACGGCUUCAACGGCGUUUGGGUCUGGCACGAGGCAACGCCCGACGUUCGGCGCUGGGCCCCAGCGGCACCGCCACGCCUCUUGGACGUGCACAAGGUGCUCUCGAUGGUGUACGGUCUCGGCCUCUGCGUCGACGACCGAGGCUUGCAUGUGCGAAGUCACGUGACCUUGUGGCCGGCUGUUUGGACGCGCUUCGAGCUCGACCAGCGCCCGCGCGUCUUCCAAGCCUUCCCGAAUGGCGAGUCGACCUUGCUCGACGAGACAAGCACGCUCCAUGGCGACUACGUCGCGUGGUCGUCCCGAACCGCCGCCAUCUCGGACGACGAUGAGCUGCAUCUGCAUCUGUACAGCUGGCCCGGCACCGCAUCGGCCUCUGCGUACUGCUACAUCAUCCGGCUCGACCUACGUCUGCACUCGCCCGAUCGCCUCGACGUCUGCGUGGUCGUCGAUGUCGUCCCGGCGCCGUCGAUCGACUUUUUCGGCUCGACGGCCGACGUGCGCAUCGAGUGCCUCGAGCGAAUGCCGCGUUCCCGAGUCUUGCUCCACGCCAACGUCGUCUACAUCCGCCACCGCGUCGACGACGCAUAA